CAUAAAACCUAAAUAUUACAAUAUAACUUGCGCAUAUUCUGACUUAGUUGAGCUAAAACAUAUAGAAAAGCCAUAAUUCACUAACCUAUUUAAAACCAGCUCAUUUAGUGACUAGCAUUAUGUUACUUCAGGUUGAUUGUGUGUUACCUAAUCUGUAUAGAUUUUAUUAUCAGAUUGAAAAUAUAGGCCAUGAUUUCUGAGCGCCGGAGUAAUGUAUGCAUAAAGCAUCACCACAGGGGUAAAGCGUGAUAAUUUUGAAAGUGCCACUAGAUGGCAGCAUUAUCUCUCUCCAUUCUGACAUGUAACUAAGUACUUCUUGGAAUGGAAUCUGUGUGUGCAUGUGUCCUGAGGUAACAGCAGCUAAGCAAACCCGAUUCAUUGAGGACACUAGUAAGGAGAGUGCAGUUUCAUUCUGUAUAACAAAAACAAGCCUGAAGAUACUGUAUCCUAAACCCACUCUGUAGUGCCAAAUUCAGGAUUUUGGCUAACCUGUUAAAACGAAGAUGAAGCCGAUUUGGAAAUUACAAGUAUUGUUUUUAUUUGCUGUCUUAAAUUGGAGUUUUAUCUCUUCUCAGCCAAGAUAUUCUGUACUUGAAGAAUCAGAGCCUGGGUCUUUUAUAGGAAAUGUUGUUCAGGAUCUAGGACUAAACAACGUGGGCAUUUCUGAAAGAGGACUGCGCCUGGCAUCAGAGAAAACCAUGGAAUAUUUUGCCCUGCAUCUCGAGAGUGGCACUCUUGUGGUGAAAAGCAGAAUAGACAGAGAAAAGCUAUGUGGAUCCAGUACAAGUUGCAUGCUUCCUGUGGAAAUUAUUAUUGAGAAACCUUUGGAGUUGUUUCGCUUAGAAGUGGAGAUUGUGGAUGUCAAUGACAACGCCCCACAUUUUCAUAACACUGAUCGUGUCAUAAGAAUGACGGAACUGGCGGCUGUUGGCUCCCGAUUCCCCUUGGAAAGAGCUCAAGACUCAGAUGUGGGAACUAAUGCUGUUAGUGCAUAUCAGUUAGCUGACAAUCAAUAUUUUUCCUUAGCUGUACAGAACAGGAAUGAUGAUAAACCUGUGCUCGUGCUAGAGAAAGCCUUGGAUAGAGAAGAACAAGAUGGCUAUCAGUUAGUUCUUACUGCCUUCGAUGGCGGUAAUCCACCUAAAUCUGGAACUAUCUUGAUAUCCAUCAUUGUUCUAGACUCUAAUGACAAUCCUCCUGUAUUUGAUAGCGCAGUCUACAAAAUUGGCCUGAAAGAAAACUCCCCAUAUAAUACCUUAGUAAUACAGCUACAUGCAGAUGACAGCGAUGAAGGCCCAAAUGGUGAGAUUAGUUAUUAUUAUGAAGAUCAAAUCUCAGAGAACAUAGCAAAUGUAUUCAGCUUGGAUCAACAAACAGGUGAGAUAUGCGUUCAAGGAAAGGUUGACUAUGAACAUCAAAGGUCUUAUGAAAUUUCAGUAAUAGCCAGAGACCAUGGGGUACCUGAAAUGGAAGGACAUUGCAUUGUUCAAGUGGAUAUUGAGGAUUUGAACGACAAUGCUCCUGCAAUUACUCUAUCAUCCUUCGUCAGUUCUAUUCCAGAAGAUACCCCAAUUGGAACAACAGUGCUACUCUUCAGUGUUAAAGACCAAGAUUCUGGUAAAAACGGAGAAGUGAAUGUACAGAUUUCUCCAACCCUUCCAUUUGAGAUAAUAUCUGUACAAAACCAUUAUUCCUUGAUCACAAAUCAGUUGCUGGACAGGGAGCUUGAUGAUCAAUAUACAAUUCACCUGACUGCCAGGGAUUUGGGAUUACCUCCACUUCAAACUGAGGCAACCGUAGAUCUGAAAAUCACAGAUACUAAUGAUAACCCUCCAACAUUUGAACAACUUUCGUCUGGUGUUUAUUUAAAUGAAAACAAUAAGCCUGGUGCUCUGCUCUAUGCAGUCUCUGCUUCAGAUAGAGAUGAAGCAGAAAAUGCUCAAGUUGAAUAUUCCAUACAUAAUGGAUUUAUAGAUGGUUCCCCUAUUUCAUCCUUUGUUUACAUUGACAAACACAAUGGAAAAAUCUACGCCCAACAAUCUUUUGAUCAUGAAGAGGUGCAACAUGUGGAGUUUACAGUGAUGGCUGAGGAUUUUGGAUCUCCAAAACUGUCCUCAAAUAUUACAAUUCACUUGUACAUCUUGGAUGAAAAUGAUAAUUACCCUACAAUAUUAUUUCCACAGGCGUCCCAACAUCUCCAAUCACCGCAGAUAAUCCCGAAAGCUCUACCAGCUGGUUCCUUAGUAACUAAGGUCGUAGCCGUUGAUGCGGAUUCAGGAUAUAAUGCAUGGCUAACCUACAAUUUAACCGAAGUCUCCAGUCUUGACCUAUAUAAAAUAAUUCCUCACACAGGAGAAAUCAAGUUGGUCCGAAAUAUUCAAUAUACAGAUUCUCCCUUACAGAAACUCUUAGUUUUAGUGAAAGACCAUGGAAAUCCUCCCAAGUCAUCCACAGCUACAUUACUCAUUGCCUUAGAUGAUAAUGUCAACAAGCAGAGCAUUUUAUCCAAUAAUAUAGCCAUUAUUGACAGUGGUAAACAAAGGCACGACCUGACCUUGUAUUUAGUGAUCUCUCUAGUUGCCGUUAGCGCAGUGUCCGCUAUAACCUUUCUUAUAUUGCUGACAAAAUGCAUUCGAAGGAGAAACUCAUUUGCUAAAUGCGAAUGCUGCUGUUUGCGCCAGUCACAGUCAACUCAGUAUUUGGGUCAUACUAAAACUUUGCAGCUGGACCCAAAUGGAACCUUACAGUAUUUUGAAGUAUCUAUGGGUUCUGCAGGGCAACAAAGUCAGUGUUACCAAUUAGCUAAUACAGCAGAUAUUGACAGUGGGACCCUAAACAUAAUGAGAUCAUUGAAUUUCCCUCAACUGAAGGACUUGGUUAAUAAGAGUGAAGAUACUUUACCAGGAGGUUAUAGGUGGAAAGAGACUUUGCAGCAGGCGCAGCCGAACGCAGACUGGCGAGUCUCACAAGCUCAGAGACCAGGACCAAGUGGAGCUCAGCCAACUGAGGAAUCUGGAGUGUGGCCAAACAACCAGUUUGAAACGGAGAGACUGCAAGCGAUGAUUUUGGCAUCUGCAAAUGAAGCUGCUGAAGGUUCAGCUAUUGGAGGUGGCACAGGAACAAUGGGACUUAGUGCUCGCUAUGGACCCCAAUUUACCCUUCAACAUCUACCCGACUACAGGCAGAACAUCUACAUUCCAGGAACGACAUCAACGCUCACGAACGCUGCAGGGAAAGGGAAGUCUGCCGCACCUUCAGGUGGAAACAAGAAGAAAUCUGGCAAAAAGGAUAAGAAGUAAAGACUGAUUGGCUGACACCAACAGGGCAGAAGCCCCCCGAGAACCUUUCCCCAGCCAAAAUCCAAGAGAGAUGAUGAUUGUCAUGUGGAAAGAAACUGGAAAAUGAGAACGAUAAUUGGAAUUUAUGUGUCAUUUUCAGACCUAGCUGUGGGGGACAUGGCUAGCACUGCUCAUGGUUCUGCCGUUAAUUCUCAGAGUAAUGGGCCCUGUCGAUAUUAGCCAAUAUUUUGCAGUCACAUCUUUAUAUUUUGAUUUGAGUUAUUUCUGAGCUAAAUACACUCUCUUUCUCUCGCAUUCUAUACAGAUUUAGCUUUGUUCAGUACAGCAGAUGUUUUCCCACAUGUAUAGCUGUGGAGUCUCUUCCAGUGUAUAUAAUUACGGCUAAAUGGUUAAUUUAUAAUUUAUACUUGUUAGGGAGUUUGUGAAAUAUUGCAGGCAGUAACUCAUAUUUAGAUGAUGCCUAUAUUUUCCUUAGAGACAUAUUAUUAUUAUUUUCAGACACUGUGGAUGUUUUUAUGCUGCAAUAUUUCUCUAGAACGUCUCUAGGACUCUUUCUAUUGGACACCACAGGGCACUGAAUGGAAAUCAAACACUUGUACACUUCUCUAAUGAAGUUAUGCUUUGUUAAUAAGAGACAGGUACACAAGUGUAUUUGUGGAGUAGGUAGGUAGCGACCACACAAACGUAGGAGAGAUAGAGCCACUAAUUCUCUUAAGUGCUUAUUGGGAUCCUUAGCUUAAUAGAGUUGGGUCUGAGUGGAACAAUGGAGAGACAUCUCUCUGAGAAUAUAACCGAAAGCUGCUAUGCACAGACAUUUUUGUUGGGGUGAUAUUUUUUUGUCCUUUGCUCUUACAGAGUAAUGAAUGGAACAAUUUCUAUUUCUACACAUAUAAGUGCAUGUGUAAUGGUCACUCAGCACCACUAUUUCCAUGGAAGGGAAAGCCAGAUAAAUUGCAUGUGAAUACUCAGCAUGGGGUUGUUCAUUCUUUGUAUGGAAUGUUAGAGGAGUGAGCCUGCUUAGUGCAGGUCAAAUAUACAGUAUAGGGCCUGGAAGAUAAUUAGUAGGGUCCGGGAGGGAGGGGGGAUGGGAGGCUGGAGAGUUCCAGAGAGUGGUCAGCCACAAGCUAAUUAAUCAUCCUAUUGAUUGUGUCAUGUGACAGUUGAGUAAGUGCUUGGUCAUGAUGGAAACCCCCAGCUUUCUACAAAUAGAUACAAUACUUUCAGUCUUCAAAAUGUGCCGGUCUGGCAGAAUCAGAUCUACUUGUGGUUGUGGUUCUAAAGUCAUCCCAAAGCAGCACGUAAUGCCUGGCACGGCAUCUUGUGGCAUUAGACAGGGCAAAGGACAAAUUGAAUAUUAUAGGUUCUAAAAUAGAUUGUUUGGCCAAAACCUGGUUUUGCUGCUGCUGACUGAUUGGCCAUGGGAGACAUCCCUCAUUAAAUGAAAUAGAGGAUCUGUGUAUCAGUGCAUAAAGAUGGGAAAAUCUGUUGGAAAAGAACAAUACAUACAUCUUUCAUCUCUACAGAAAACAUGUUUUAGUUAUAUAGAAUAAUCCUGUUUAAGUCACAUUAUUUCUUUAAACAUUUCUUCCCUAUACCAGCUAUCUUUUUUUCCUUUUAUUUGUAUUGUUUGUCUGAACACUGUUUUUUUUCUCUCUGUAAUUUGAUGAAAGUCUUAUAUAUUAUAUUUUUUACCACCUUACAUAUAGUCAGGGAACAGAGAACACAUUUAAGGGGGUGCAGCAAGUUCUUGCAAUGUUAGGUUCGUGCAGAUCAUGUGAUGAGCUCGGCUCUGUACAGAUAUUCAGUUUGGAUGCACUAAGGUGAAUUGGUACAGGCCCAGUCUCCAUAAAUACCACAACUAUCAACCAAUAUUCAGUGGAAGUCUAUGGAGGCUGGAAAUGUACUAGUGCUCCCUUUGUGUGACAAGUCUGAAAGUAUCAGUUGCAUAGAGCUGCACUGUAUUCUCACUAACCAUGGGAGCUGUAAAAAUGUCAUAGUUUCAUAAUAUAUUAAGGCCCAUUUACUAAUUCUGAGCACAAGGUCUCUAAUGUGUGCAAACACUGAAACCAUCAGCACAAUUUGCCCACAGCCUAUAGCAGUGAGACAGUUUGGGACAAAAAGAGUUGUGUGUGCUGUGCCAGUGGCAGAUAUACAGUAUGUGCCGGGGGUUGGUGCAUUGUGAGCAAAAAACAAGGUAUCUUCUGCCUACUUUUUGCACAUUAUACAUUGCUUCCCCCCGCCAAUAAAUGAGCCCUAAUAUAGUCAGCUAUAGUCACUCUUUACAUUAUUAUACUCCAUCCCUCCUUAUCAGGUCUAGCACAGUUUAUUUCCAACGCCUCUGGUAAGAAAGACACCCAAUGGAUAUGUAUGGUAGUAUUCCCCAAUGCUUUAUACACUCAUUUCUGCUUCCUAUGCCACCCAUGCACCCAAAGCAACGGCAAGGUGAACAAACAGAGGGUAAAUACACGAGUGCACUAAUCUUUUCACUGCUGUUAACACUAGUACCAAGAAUGUCAUAUUAGUCAUUUGUAGCUGUAGAAUACAUUUUGCAAUUUUUUACUUUCUAACAUCCAUCCAUUGUAGCUUAGCUGGUGUUGUACAUAGCAAUGUGAUACUUUCACCCCCCUUUAGACACCCCCUGUGGACAGCAGUAAUUUAACUCCUCCUGUAUCUUUCUGUGUGGUUUGUGAUAUAAAUGUACAUGAAAGUAAAUACACCUGUUCUUUCAAUGUGUCUAAUACUGAACUGUACUUAUAAAUAUAUAUAUAUAGAAAUAUGCUUUCACCCUUCUUAUAUGCGUAUAGACUAAUGUCAAUGUACGACAUGCAAGUUUUAUACUCUGAUAUUUAUAUUGCUUUUCCUUUCUUUGAACAAAAAAAAAAUAAAAUGUUUUCUUCCAAAAAUA